AACCCGCUGUCAAAUUAAGCAUGGUUCAGAAAACGUCAACGCGGUAAACACGUGCGAGAUCGCCCGGCCUGUGAAAACAAGUUGCGAAAAGUUCAAGAUUUUCAUUAAUUAAAGUGUUCACACGUCAUUGUUUAAUUGUUGUGUUAUCCAUUACAUACCCAGAAUGAAGAUUAAACAGUCGAAGAAAAAGGAAGACUUCCAGAACAUGUCCCUAGACAACUUUUUGGACAACAUGGAUGCAGAUGUAGGGGAUGAUGAACCUGACGCGAAACCGAAGAGUAAAAUCAAGUCGAAUGGUAUUGGAAAGGCUAAAAAGAAACAGGAUCUAAACGGCGCUAAAUCGAAAACUAAAGUUGCAGAAAAGGCCAAGAAAUUGAUGGAUACCGAUGAAUCAGAAACGAUCGUAAAUGGUACUGGAAAGAAAAAUCAGAAGAAGAAAGCUUUGCUAGAUGGAAAGAAGAAAAAGACUAAUUUCGAAGAUAAACCGCAUGCUAACGGAGUGGAACAUGAAAACAAAGUAAUGGAGAAAAAAAUUAAAUCUAAAGACCGUAAGCCUGCAACAAAUGGAAACGAGAAGAAAAGAAAUCGCAAACUGUCUAAAUCGGAAUCGGAUUCUGAAGAUGCUGGCAGUUCCGAUAAUGAUACGAAAACUACGAAUCCGAAGAAAAGGGAAAAAUCCCUUAAACGGACAAAGGAAGAGUUAAAAGAAAAAAAGAAGAAAAGCAGUACUAAACAAUCACUUGUGCUUAAAAAGAAAGAUGCUAAGAAAAUGAAAAGCCAACGUGCUGCUCCUGAAGAUUCCGACGAAGAGAAUGAGCAUGAUCCAGAGAGGGGCAUGAAACAGGUAGAAAAGGAACACAAGGAGGCGCUUGCCAGACUGGAAACCACCGAUCCCGAACUGUUUGCUUUUUUGAAGCAAAAUGAUGCUAAAUUGCUAAAAUUCGGACAAAUGGUAGGAAGCGAUUCUGAAUGGAACGAUUCGUCGGACGAAGAAGCGGUUGACGAUGAAGAGGGAAAUGUGCACGAGUUGCCGAGUAAGCUGGAAGUGGCCAGCGAUGAAAGUGAUUUUGAUCCGAAUGAGGACGACGAGAAAGAAGACGAUGGCGAAGACGAUGGGCAAGACGAUGGUGAAAACGUUGACGAUAGUACGCCGGGUAAGAAGGUAACGUUUAGAAUGUUGAAAGCAUGGACAAAAGAUCUGACCACCUUUCCGGUAAAACAUGUCAAAGGCAUCAGGAGCAUCUGCAAGGCUUUCAGUUCAGCACUUUUCACUGUCACGGGUGAUAAAAGCGUUAUUCCACCGUAUAUCGUUCAAGGUUCAGCUCUAUUCAAUGGGAUCGUUCAAACAUGUGUCCUAUACCUUGGCCCUGCUGUUCGUAGCUACCUUGCAUUGGACGAAAAACAACAGUUUAAGCAUCUGAAGAAUCAUAGACGGUUCAAGAAGAUAAAAGGCUGUCUAAAGUCGUAUUUGACCGAUUUGACAAAUUUGCUCGACAACGUAGCCUCGUCACACAUCAUGUCCGUGCUUCUAAAACAUCUGCAUCAAUUUUCAUCGAUUCUGGUGUGUUAUAAAAACUUAACGAAACCCAUUCUAAAGCGUCUGAUCAGCAUUUGGAGUACAGCAGAGGAGGAAACGAUCCGGGUUUUAGCUUUUAUGUGCAUCUUGAAGAUUACAAAUGCACAACAAUCCAUGUUCCUCAGCAAGGUACUGAAGGUGAUGUAUCUGGCGUACAUCAAGAACAGCAAAUUCGUUUCUCCGAACACUCUGCCCAACAUCAACUUUAUGCGUCGCUCGUUAACAGAGAUGUUUUUGCUCAAUUUCGGUUUGUCGUACCAGCACAUGUUUUUGUACAUCCGUCAGCUCGCCAUUCACCUGCGGAAUGCUGUUGUAACGCAGAAAAAGGAUAGCUUCCGGUACAUCUACAACUGGCAGUACAUAAACUCGUUGAAGCUUUGGGGAGAUAUUCUCGGUGCGGCCCAUGCACAUGGCGAAGUGCUCGAACCACUAAUCUAUCCGUUUGUUUCGAUCACGAUCGGCGUUAUUAAAUUGAUACCCUCUGCACAGUACUUCCCGUUGCGCUUCCACUGCUGUCGCAUGCUGGUAGAACUGAAUGCCAAAACUAAUAUUUACAUACCGGUACUUCCGUUUCUGGUGGAGGUGCUACGAUCCAACAGCUUCAAUGAGCCCUAUAAAAAAAUGCUCAUGAACCCGGUCAAUCUGACCUGCUUAUUACGAUUUGCACCGGCAAAUAUUCAAUCGAAAGCUUUCAAAGACGCCGUGAUCGACCAGAUCUACGAAUUGAUGUUGGAGUUUGCGACCAACGAGUCCGCAUCGGUCGGUUUCCCAGAGAUCAUCUUACCGAUCAUAUUGCAGCUGCGCGAGUACAGGAAAAAAGUCAACGAGUACAUGAAAACGAUCAAGCAGCCCACGCAACGGUACUAUUACUCGUGCAAGAUGAAGGAACUUAGCGAUAAGUUUAUGGAGAACUAUGAGUUCAUGGAAAAGCUACGCGUCAAGAUGGACAUACCGUUGAAGGAAACGGAACGUAUCCGUGCAUGGGAGGAAACGGUUCGCGCGGAUGGUACACCGCUGAUGAAGUUCUACGCUACCUUUGCGAAAGAAUCGGAAUCGAUUAAACGUCGACAUGCUACGGAUUCGGAGAAUAUCAGUGACUAUAAACUUCCGACAGUAAAGAAACUGCAGAAGAAGCCACAGGUGAAAAAGGACGGUCCUGUAACGUUGUUCCCAUCGGACGAUGAGGACGAUGAUGAUGAUGAUGAUGAUAUGAUCGGGUUUGAAGGAAAGGAAGAAGAUGAUGGUGACGAAUCCGAUGAUGAAUCGAUGUCCGCCAUGGAGGAAAAUAGCGAUGAUGGGCCGGAGAUGAGCUUGGAUAGUGAUGAGGAGGAUGAACAAGAAGUACCCGAAAAGAGUAGCAAAAAGAAAUCAACAAAGCAACACAACAAACCACAAAAGCGUACAAUCGUUGAAGAGUAUCCGUUGGAAGAUGGAACGGAUGCAGAUCAGGUGGAUAUUCUGAAAGAUUUAGCCCUGGAUGAUUGGGACGAUUAAGGGCGUUUGUUAAGAUUAUUGUGUGUACGUUGCAAGAAGGUAUCAAUAAAUUGGUUUUAAGGGAUUAUGUCUCUUAAAUGUA